UUUGGUUGGUAGCAACCAGUUUAGCAAGAACGUUUUCAUUUCAUUUUUUGUUUGGUACUGAAACGUUAAGGUCAAAGUCAGAAGUUAACGUGUGAAAUAUAAUAACGGUGAAAUCGGAAUAGUGUAGUUGAAAAGACCACAUCGAACCUACACUUUUCUUAGAAUUUAGAUUUUCUUAAAGUAGUGCCUGCCCCUGUAGGAAAACGAACCACGUGGAUUAUAGUUAUACUGAGUGUCGAAUUCGUAACAAUACUAGCAAUGGAUCAAACCAAGCUGAAGGAACUCGGGAUCAAGUUGUUCGAAAUCAAUGCGUUCAAGUUUGGCGACUUCAAGAUGAAGGUCGGCAUUAACUCACCGGUCUACUUUGACCUCCGUGUCAUCGUAAGCUAUCCGGAUGUGAUGAAUACAGUCUCGGAUCUGCUGACCGAGUACAUCAAGCUAAUCGAGGUAGACACGGGUGUUCAUCUAUGUGGUGUACCAUACACGGCGCUCCCCGUGGCGACACUAAUUUCAAUUAAAGCUAACAAACCUAUGCUGAUUCGACGAAAGGAAGCGAAAACCUACGGCACGAAAAAGCUGAUCGAGGGGAAAUUCAAUGCUGGUGACAAGUGCCUUAUCAUUGAGGACGUAGUAACCUCUGGUUCGAGUAUACUGGACACGGUAAAUGAUUUACGAGCGGAGGGGCUCGUCGUUACCGAUGCUAUCGUGGUGGUUGAUCGUGAGCAAGGUGGCUCUAAAAACACCGAAGAAAGCGGUGUUAAAAUGCAUUCCCUUUUCACGCUGUCUUUUCUACUGAACGUACUACACGAAGCUGGUCGAAUUGAAGAGAGCACAGUACUGGCAGUAUCCAAGUACAUCCAGGCUACUCAAAUUCGAAGCGAUGGAUCGUUCAUGGAGAAUGGUACCAAAAUUACAAACGAGCUUAGCCGCACGGGUAUGACUUUUGAAGCACGCAUCGAUUUGGCCAAGUGUGCGCUUAGCAAAGAUCUGAUGAGGCUCAUUGCUAGUAAAAAGACGACGCUAUGUCUAGCCGCCGACUUAACUAACUCGGAGGAUAUUUUGAAACUAGUAGAAAAAGUCGGACCGUACAUUUGUCUGUUGAAAACGCACAUUGACAUUGUUGAAGAUUUUAACGAAAACUUUGUGAAAUCACUUCAAUCGCUUGCUAAGAAGCACAACUUUAUGAUCAUGGAGGAUCGUAAGUUUGCAGAUAUUGGCAAUACUGUCGCACUUCAGUAUGCUGGCGGACCAUUCAAAAUUGCGAACUGGGCUGAUUUGGUAACAGUACAUUCGUUGCCCGGCCAAGGCAUAUUGAAAGGUUUAAAAUCGGCGCUGAGUGGUCUUGAUCAGCAGCAGAGAGGAGCUUUUCUUUUGGCGGAAAUGAGUUCUCAAGGAAACUUAGUAACGCCACAAUAUGCUACAGCAACGAUGAAGAUGGCUACGGAGACGGACUUUGAUUUCGUCGCGGGUAUCGUCUGUCAAAGUCCCGAGCUGGUCUCGUUUCCAGGUUUGCUGCAACUAACACCCGGAGUUAAAAUUGAAGAAGGCAUUGAUAGUUUGGGACAAAAGUACGACAGUCCCGAGCAUGUGGUUAAAAACAAGGGAGCGGACAUUUGCGUUGUGGGCAGAGGUAUAUUGAACGCUAAGAAUCCAGCUGACACGGCCAAGUUGUAUCGUGAUAGACUCUGGACGGCAUAUUGCGAACGAGUUGGAAUAAACGAGUAAGCGAUUUGCUUUCUGCAGAUUACUUAGCAAUCGACAGCGAGUAUUAGAGUAUAAUAAUUCUAGUAGGUAAAAUAGUUACCUGACUGUUGGAAAGAGAAACUGUAUUUUACAUCAUUCCCCAUUUUAUAUGCAAAAUUUUGAAAAAAAAAAUUCCUGAUAAAUAUACGUUCUAUAGAAAUGCGAUCGGAUUUUGCUUUUUUUCUGUUCCUUUUUAAAAUAUGAUUUCGGAUUAUAGUAAAUGCGUAAAUAAGGCAAUUGAAGUAACAAUAUAAAGUAGCAAAUACUUUUUUUUCACUAUUAAAACACAUGUAAACUACAAUUGUUCGUAGAUUGAACAUGGUCACUGCACAUGCUAUCUGUCUGCUGAGUGAUCGUGGACAAUAUUAUAAGCAAUAGUUGGAUAAAACUUUAUAGCAUAAUCAA